GAGCGAGUGGAGGGGGACGGUUCGGUUCGCCUCGCUUCGUCGCGUUGCUUUCAUUCCCGGGGGAGGGCGGAACGCGGCACGACGAGUCAGCCGACAAGCCUUUACACCUGGAGCGGUGUAAACCAGUGCGGCAACCCUAACGCAGGCUCCUGUGCGCACACGCUACUGAAGGAGGGGCAGCCGUUGUUGUUUUAUACUCUCGUCCCUUCCCUCUCUUUUAAUUUGUAAGAUUUCGAGGCGAAAUGAAUGCACCACCAAGCUUUUCUCUUUGGAUGUAACCUUCUCUAAGCCGCCUUAGACUCGGUUCAGAGGGAAAAGGCCAGGAAAAUUCUGAAACGAUUUCGCACCAUUUUAAGGGGUGGAGGGCUGAUAUUAAGGCAAAAGCUUGGAAUCCAGAAGAAGCUUGCUUGUUCUUCAUCUCAAAGUUUACAUUUUCUGUGGCGUUUCAUCCACAUUGUCAGGGCACAAAUGGCAAAAUUUUAUUGACAUGUUGGCAUAGCGUGGCUUGAGCAAAGAGAAGAUCAUUGAAUCACUUGGCCUGCAGGUGUCCUGACAUUCCUGUGUGACAUUUUUGCAGAGGUAAUCAUGCCGGCAUUAUCAACGGGCUCUGGAAAUGAUUCAGGUCUGUAUGAAUUGUUGGCUUCCUUGCCAGCCCAGCUGCAGUCACAUGUGAACAGCCAGGAAGAUCUGACCUUCCUACGGGAUAUGUUUGGUGAAAAAAGCCUUCAUUCAUUAGUGAAGAUCCAUGAAAAACUUCAGCAUUAUGAAAGGCAGGGCCCAACACCCGUUCUUCACAACGCAGCCACUUUGGCAGAUGAUCUCACAGAGGAUCUGCACAACACACCAAUGAACAGUGAGAUCAGAGAGCUAGUGAAACUGCUAAUGCAUCCACAUCUCAAGGCUUUACUGUCUGUUCAUGACACAGUGGCUACGAAGAAUUAUGAUCCUGUAUUACCCCCAAUGCCAGAUGAUUUUGAUGAUGAUGAAGAUUCAGUAAAAAUUAUUCGACUUGUUAAAAACAAAGAGCCUCUGGGAGCAACAAUAAGAAGAGAUGAGCACACUGGUGCUAUUGUUGUGGCAAGAAUAAUGAGAGGAGGAGCUGCAGACAGAAGUGGUCUAAUCCAUAUUGGAGAUGAACUGAGAGAAGUUAAUGGAAUCGCAGUUGAUGAUAAAAGGCCUGAGGAAAUCAUACAGAUAUUGGCUCAGUCACAAGGAGCAAUAACUUUUAAAAUUAUACCAGGAAUUAAAGAGGAGACUCCAACUAAAGAAAGCAAGAUGUUUGUCAGGACUUUAUUUGAUUAUGACCCUAAUGAGGAUAAAGCUAUUCCAUGCAAAGAAGCUGGGCUUUCUUUCAAGAAGGGAGAUGUCCUUCAGAUCGUCAGCCAGGAUGAUGCAACCUGGUGGCAAGCCAAGCGAGAGUGUGAUGCCAAUCUGAGAGCGGGAUUAAUCCCAUCAAAGCAGUUCCAAGAGAGGAGGUUUGCACUUCGGAGACCUGUGGCAUUUGUUCAGCCACAAAGGAAUUCCAGUAGAAGAUCAUAUGCUGAAUAUGGUGACCUUUUCAGUGGACUCUAUAUAGCUGGUCUCAGAAGAAGUUUUCGAUUGAGCAGAAAAGACAGAAAAACUAAUAAGUCUAUGUAUGAAUGUAAAAGGAGUGAACAAUAUGACACAGCAGAUGUUCCAACAUAUGAAGAAGUUGUCUCUUAUCAGCGUCAACCAAAUGAAAAAUACCGACUGGUAGUUCUCGUUGGUCCUUCAGGAGUGGGACUGAAUGAGCUUAAAAGGAAAUUGCUGAUUUGUGAUUCCCAGCAUUAUGGUGUAACAGUUCCACAUACAACAAGGCCAAAAAGAAGCCAGGAAACUGACGGAGUGGAAUAUAAUUUUAUUUCCAAGCACUUGUUUGAGACAGAUGUACAAAAUAACAAAUUUAUUGAACAUGGGGAAUACAGAGGGAACUUGUAUGGAACAAGCAUUGAUUCUGUUCGAUCUGUGAUGGCAAAGAAUAAAGUGUGCUUGUUGGAUGUACAAUGUCCAACAAUAAAACAUCUGAGGACAUUGGAAUUUAAACCAUAUGUGAUAUUCAUCAAGCCACCAUCACUUGAACGCCUCAGAGAAACCAGGAAGAAUGCGAAAAUAAUUUCAAGCAAAGAUGACAAAGGCCCUGCCAAACCAUUCACAGACGAAGACCUUCAAGAAAUGAUCAAAUCUGCAGAGCUGAUUGAAGCACAGAGUUCGCACCUCUUUGACAAAGUUCUAGUUAAUGAUGAUCUUUCAGUUGCCUACAAAGAGCUGAAAGCUACCUUGGAUGAUCUGGAGACAAAACCUUUCUGGAUUCCAGUCAACUGGUUACAUUCAUAAAAUCAUGAAAGGGAGUCAUAAUAAUAGACGUUGAAUGGAAGUCUGGUAUUACUGAUAGCCAUUUCCAAGCAGUGGAUGGUGCUUUGAAGUAAAACUUUUGCCACUUUGUUUUUGCACUUUUAAUGUCCAAUAGCAAACCAUGUUACUUUUGCUAAUCAUAUGCUUUCAUCUACCUGAAAUGAGCAGUGCUAAAAUAUUUUCACUACUUGGGGAAUAAAUGUAGACACUCUCCAGUUUUACUACUGACGUAGAUCGUGACCUUUGAGGUGACAGGGGUUUUAUUUUUUAAAACACUGAAAUAUGUGUAUUUUAGUAAAUUAUGGGUGAUAUUUGUUUUAAGUGAAAGAAUAUAUAGUUUAGGUUGCUGAUAAAGAAAAUGCAAUGUAUCCAACCAGAAAUGGUUCUGUUUUAGCAUGUCAGCAGAACUAGAGGAAUUCAUGUGUGUCUUGUAUAAUAAAAUGGAAACUAGUGAAAUACCAAAUAAGAGAAUUAUUUGGAAAAUUUGGUGUUUGGCCAUAUUGACAUGUGGUUCUUAAGCAUAUUUUAAAAGGUGUUGGUUAUUAAUGUAUAUGCAAAAUCUGGUAUUAAUUCAUGCUGAACAUUCCAUUUAAAUUUACCUCACUAAUGUGCUGAUAAUGCCACCAGCAGUGCACUGUAAUUGUAUUUUGUUAGGUGAGAUGCUUAUUGUUUGUAAAUUAGGGAUUUAUUAUUACUUAAGAAUCUCAGAUAAAAUGGUUGUAUCCUCUUGUCUUUUAAUUUUUUUUAAACAAUUCUCCUAGAGAUAUCCCAGAUUAAUAAAUUACCCAUUUUCAUUUCUGUGUGGUGAUUUUAUUGAGAUAGGUGUUAAUCUUUCAGGUAUGCCAAGCAGCUCUAUAAAUAUGUUGCUCAAUUGUAAUGUGCAAUUUAAAGUGAACUUGAUGUACUGCAAUAUGUACAGAUAUUAAAAUCUUGUAUUAUCUUUAUCAAA